AUAGAGAAGAUUUAGAGGGAAAAUAUUCGGCGGCUUGUGUGGAUUUGUUUUCGCUCCAAAUACACAGAGAGGAGAAAGACAGCUCUCCGGUCAUGCAGCACUACGGGGUGAAUGGCUACUCGCUCCACGCCAUGAACUCACUGAGCGCCAUGUACAACCUCCACCAGCAGGCGGCGCAACAGGCCCAGCAUGCGCCUGACUACAGGCCUUCAGUGCAUGCCCUCACACUAGCAGAGAGACUGGCUGACAUUAUCCUUGAGGCCCGAUAUGGAUCCCAGCACCGAAAGCAGCGGCGCAGUCGGACAGCCUUCACAGCCCAGCAGCUGGAGGCCCUGGAGAAAACUUUUCAGAAGACCCACUACCCUGAUGUGGUGAUGCGUGAACGUCUGGCUAUGUGCACCAACCUGCCUGAGGCUCGUGUUCAGGUUUGGUUCAAGAAUCGCCGAGCUAAGUUCCGUAAAAAGCAGCGCAGCCUGCAGAAGGAACAGCUCCAGAAACAGAAGGAGGCAUCUGGACCUGCAGAGGGCUCCACAGAGGAAUCUAAGACCGAUCUCAGCACAGCUAACACCCUGGUUCCUGAGGCCCGCACUCCUCCACCUCCUUCCUCCACAUCCUCCUGUCAUUCUGAGACAGAGAGGCUGGCAGCCGCACGGCCACAGCCCGGAGAGAUGAGUGUGGAAGUCAACGUCACCUCCCCUGAGCCAUCAGACAGUGAGUCAGCAGCAGAAGAUAACGCUGACAGAGAGGAGGACGAAAUGAGGGGGGAGACAAGGGUGAAGAUCAGGGAGGAGAUGCAAGGGGAAGGAGGGGUGCAGCCACGGAGCAGAUCACCAUCCUGCAAACGACUGAGUCCAACAUCAGAUUCUCCCCUCAGCUCCCCAACCUUACCCUCCUCUAGCAGCGCCACCACUGGAUUGGCACAAAGCAACUCCUACGCCUCCUCUCCUCUCAGCCUCUUCCGGCUGCAGGAGCAGUUUCGGCAACACAUGGCCGCCACAAACAACCUGGUGCACUACCCGUCCUUUGACAUGAGCACGCCCUCUUCUCUGCCUUACCUGGGCAUGAACGUCAACAUGCCAUCCCCACUGGGCUCGCUGCCCUGCCAGUCCUACUACCAGACCCUGUCGCAGGCCCAGCAGGUGUGGAAUAGCCCGCUACUGCAGGCGGCACCAGGCAGCCUCCCUGGAAGCCUCAACAGCAAGACCACCAGCAUCGAAAACCUCCGUCUGAGGGCCAAGCAGCAUGCAGCUUCACUGGGAUUGGACACACUUCCCAACUAAAGCUCGGACAGCUGAGGCUACAACCUCCAGCCAGGGCCGUACCUACGAAAUAUGGUUCCUGUCAACAUAUGGUGACACUUUGUCCCCCUUCACCUUCUUUCUGACCUCACAUUACCAUUUGCAAAUAUAAGUAUCCAACCAAAACUUUCAAAGAAGCAAAAAACUCAAGGCUGACAAGAAGAGAACAUCUUAGGUCCCAAGAGUCCAAACUACAAAUUUAAGCUUUUUUAUCUUUUAAAUGUCAAAGUUUAAUUUACAGUUCCACUUUUCAAAUUAACCUUUUCUUAAGCCAAAGCAGAACCAAAACUAGUAGAUCCAUUCUAACUCAAGCACGCAUGAAAACUCAAAAUAGGCCUCUGGGUUUUUAACAAGACUUUAUUCUGUUCCCUCGUCUUCAUUGUAAGCAUACAGCUCACUAUGGGAAGCAUGGCAGACAGUCAAAACAAAAAACAAGAAACUAACAUCUCAAAGGACUUUGCUAUCAUGAUUGAGCCUUUUGGACUUUUGCCCAGCAGAUCUUGGGAUCUUCUUGUAUGUGCCUCCUCUUGGUCAGCAGCAUAUUUCCAGCUGUACUUAUUUUAGCUUCUCACUUUGAUUUCAUGAAGCUAAAAGACAUGAAAAUGUUCUCUAUUACUAACUAACUAUGCAUGCAUGAACCCAGCUGAAGCAUGGCUUGCAGCCGUACACCUCAAAAUGAAGGCUUGUCAGAUCUAAUAUCAAAAUAAAGCUUGGGUGAAUCAUUAUAUCCCAGACCAAAUACAUUUUUUUGUAGAUGACACGUUACGCUCCCGGUUUAAAAUAACAUCACCCAGCUCCAUAUUCAAGAAUCCAUUUAGCAUUGUAAAUAUCAGUCAAUGUUUCCCCCGUUUGUCCGGCUCAAGAGUAACUCGACAUCUCCUUUUUCGUGAGGAAUUUGAGAGAAGACAUUCCAUUUAUUCUUUUGGAUUUUGGCUUUAAGUGAAGGACCUCCAGCAGAAAUGAAGAAGGCGCGGUGACAAAUAAAUAUGAACCCAGUUGUGGUUUUGUUCAGAACUCAACAGUUGUCACUUUUUCUGAGCCAGUGGCUUUUUAUGCAGAGAGACGCACA